AUGCCCGGCUGCUUCAAAUGUACCUUGUUUUUGUUCAUUGCUGUAUUGAGUUUUAUAUCUUUUAUUUUGAUCCUCAUUGCACUGGGCACCCAGAAAUGGAUGGCUGCAAAAAUCCUUUGCAAAACAGGAGCUGAGCUGGUCAAUGCCACAGAUCCAGAGCUUGUUAAAUUCAUGGGAGAAAUUUACUAUGGACUUUUUGGAGGUGGCAAGAUGCGACAAUGUGGGUUAGGUGGGCGGCAUUCCAGAUUCACAAUUUUUCCACACCUUGUGAAAACUUUGAACACAGCUCUUCAUGUGGUGAUCAUCUUCUUCCUUUGUAUGGCAUUUUCUUUUGCCCUGACCAGUUUAGGAUUCUGCAUCUUAAACAUAAUAAAAGUACCCUAUCGGGCUAUUAAAGGUCCAGCUGGAAUAGCUCUAUGGAAUUUACUUGCAGGUGUCUUUGCAGUGCUGGCAGUGACUAGCUUUAUGGCUGCUGUUCAACUGCAUAACCUUACAGAAAGGAUUGCCAAUUUCCAGGAAAAUAUCUUCCAGUUCGUCAUCUUGGAUGAACAAUAUGAACAUUCUUUUUGGCUUUCUGUAGCAAGUGCAACGGUUCACGGUGUGAAUUUGCUGCUAGUUGCCAUCAGUGUGAUUCACUUUCCUGCACUGAAAACUAAGACAGAAGAAGCAAAUGUUACAGCAGAAGAUAUAAUGUACUAAAUACCUACCUGUCCCUGUUUGCCACUUGCCCAUUUUUAGACUUCCAUAAUCUAUUGAUCUGCACUGUCUUAAAAGGUGUUAAAAAUACUGGCAAGGAUCAAAUAAUUGUAUAGGGCAUAUGGUCAGCAUCACAGAUUUGGUGGUUUGGGCAAAUGCAGAAUGAAAAAAAGCCUAGAGAUUCCAUCACACCAACAAUGUAUUAAUUUAUUUAAUUUACAUUCUACCAACGUAGUGAAUUCACAUUCACUAAGCAUUGUACAAACAAGUAAAACCCCACAAUGUCCACACACUUCAUUCCCAUAAAAACAUGAUGAUAUAAUCAAAAUGGUUAUAUAAUUGAAUUGAGUGAGGUGGUCUACAGAAACAUCAAAAUUUACAUCAUUUGAGGGUAAGAAGUCCUUAAAGGCUGCUUUAUAUUUCUUGAGUAAUUUUUUGACUAUUGGGAGGAACAGAGCCCGGCACACCUCAACUGGUAGUUUAUUCCACAAAGUGGACGCUGUUACAGAGAAACCUGAUUCUUCGUCGUUAUUUUUCUGGCUUCCCGUUGUGGUGCCAACUUUAAAAUUGUGGAUUGAGAGCUUCAUGUAACACAAGAAGCUAUUUUUGGGAGAGACGCUCUGACAGGUAUUGAGGUUCUCAGCCAUUUAGGGCUUUAAAGGCUUUAAACCAGCACCAUGAACUGAGCAUGGAAAAUAACAGUGAGUGAAUGUAAGUGGGCCAAGUCUGGGGACAUAUGAUUGAUUUAAAGAGUCCCACAGAUCAGCCUAGAGCCUCAUUUUGGACCUGCUAGAGUUUCUGUACUGUUUUCAAGGGCAGCUCUAUAUAGAGAGUAUUACAGUUGAAAUUACCAAUGCAUGCACUACUAUUAUUUGGCAUUUCUUAUCCAGGUAGGGUACAGACAACUGCAACCAACCAAAGUAGAUAGAAGGCAUUCCUGACCACAUGAUUUCCACAUUCCCUUCAACUCCUGGGAGGAUUGACUGCAGCACAUUUUUCUCAUGCUAUGCCAACCUUCAAAGAGCCCAGAACAAAGCAAGAACACCUUUUUCUUGUUGUUCAAGGGACCUUGUUCAUGGACCUCUAAAACAAGGGAGAAGUUUUCAUUCAACAACAGUGCUGUGCAAUGAAUAAUUUAUAUUUGAUCUCAUUUAAUGAAAGCACAUCCUAUAGCCUGAUACUGCUACUUCAAAUAAGAUUCCUGAA